AUGGCGGAAGCUGCAGAAGCUGCUCGUGCGGAGGGCACCGGCUCGGAGGAGGCCGCCUGCGACGGCCAGAAGGAUGGGCGUCAAAUGGCAAAUGUGCCUCAGAUGUCUGUCAGGGCAAAACACGCCGACUUCAAGGGAUCUGAGCUGGCAGUGACUGACCAAGAAGGGGGCCUUGGGGUGCCUGCCUGGGGUGCAGUUGCCCCGAAAAGGGCAAAUUCUAUCAGGCACAGUAAAGGAACUGAAAGUGAAACAGCCAAUACUUACACGAAUGUGUGUCCGAACAACUGUGCACAUGGGCUAUAUGUACUGGGCCUCAUUUGUCAUGCACCCUCUUGUUUUUCUGGCCCCGGCUUCCAUCUUGACUGGACCUCUGUGGCGAAUUACAAAGGGUGGACGCAAGCUCACCCAUCUUGUGUUUGUUCCUCUUGUUCUUUCUCUUCAACCUCUCAAGGUGAUGGACAGAACUUGGUGACAGAAGACGUGACCGUCGUAGAGGGAGAAGUUGCCACCAUCAGUUGCAGAGUCAAAAACAGUGACGACUCCGUGAUUCAACUCUUAAAUCCCAACAGACAGACAAUUUAUUUCAGAGACUUCAGGCCUUUGAAGGACAGCAGGUUUCAGUUAGUGAAUUUCUCUAGCAGUGAGCUCAGAGUGUCCCUCACAAACGUCUCCAUUUCGGAUGAAGGAAGAUACUUCUGCCAGCUCUACACGGAUCCCCCGCAGGAGUAUUUCAUGACCAUCACCGUGCUCGUCCCGCCUCGCAACUUGAGGAUCGAGUCGCAGAAGGACACGGCAGUGGAAGGAGAAGAGAUCGAGCUGAACUGCACGGCCAUGGCCAGCAGACCCGCCACGACGAUCAGAUGGUUCAAAGGCAGCAAGGAGCUACCCGGCAAAAUAGAAACGGAGCAGUGGUCGGACAUGUACACAGUGACCAGCCAGCUUUCGCUGAAGGUCAAGCGGGAGGAUGACGGAGUGCCUGUCGUCUGUCAGGUGGACCAUCCUGCCGUCAAGGACCUGCAGACCAAGUACUACCUAGACGUAAUGUAUAAGCCCGAGGUUCAGGUGCUGCAGAAUUCGCCAGGGCAGCCGCUGACACGAGAGGGCGACCUCCUGGAGCUGCUGUGCCACGUGAAGGGGAAGCCAGAGCCUCGAGACGUGACGUGGCUGAAAGUGGACGACGAGAUGCCCCACCACGUCGUCGUGUCAGGCUCGAACCUGCACAUCGACAGCCUGAACAAGAGCGACAACGGCACGUACCGCUGCAAGGCCUCCAACGACGUGGGGACGUCCUUUUCCGAUUACACGCUUUAUGUAUACGAUCCCCCCACAACUCUCCCUCCACCCACAACAACCACCACCACCACCACCACCAUCCCUUCCACCAUCUCCACGGCAGACACAACGGCGACGACAGAACCGGCAGUUCACGGCUUUACUCAGUUGCCAAAUUCCGCGGAAGAGCUGGACUAUGGGGACCUAUCAGAUUCUCGAGCGGGCGAGGAAAGCGUCAUCACCGCGGUGGACCACGCCGUGAUUGGUGGGGUGGUGGCCGUCGUGGUCUUUGCGAUGCUCUGUCUCCUUAUCAUUCUGGGACGAUACUUUGCAAGACACAAAGGCACAUACUUCACUCACGAAGCCAAAGGAGCCGACGAUGCGGCUGACGCAGACACCGCUAUCAUCAACGCAGAGGGAGGACAGAACAACUCCGAAGAGAAGAAAGAAUACUUCAUCUAGAUCGCUCUUGGUUCCCAUGAGGUGUCCAACCGCGGAUGGUUACUCGCCCUGCGUAGAAGAAAAAGACGGUGAUGCCGGAAGUCGCUACCAGCUUAUGGCGUUCUUAAUUUGUCCCUUUCUGGCUCGUUCUUUCUUUCCUUCUUCUUUCUUUCCUUCUUUCUUCCCUUCUUUCUUUUUUCUUCCAGUGCUAUUUACUUUCCUUCUUGUUUCAAAUGAACAGUUGACGAAGCGUGUGGGAGAGUCAAGGAGUCCCUUUUGUGACAGCGUUCUUUGUCAAGGACACUCUGCUGUUCGACACCUCAGUUUCUUUGGGUUUAUAAUUCUCUGGCCAAGUCCAACUUGGAUUUAGUUUAGUUCCAUCAUUUGCAGAAAAUUCUGUGCCUUGUUUUCUUUCUUGUUUCAUUGGAGGGCGGGAUGGAGGGAGGGCGGGAUGGAGAGUAUAUGGUUUGGUUUUGUUUUGUUUUACUCUUUUUUCCUAGCCUCUCUUGGAAUUGCCUGCUGGGAUCCCUUGAAAAUAGAUUUCUUUUUCUUUUAAGCAUUUUAUUUUUAUUUUCUGAAAACUCCCGGGUUGUUUUUUGUUGUUGUUGUUUGAAACUGUGUCAUCAGAGGAGAACCAGCACACCUUAGACUUCAUUGUUUGAAAUUCAGUGUAUUCAUAAUCCAUUCUACUCCCUUGUCAUGAAAGCUUGGAAGAACAAACUUUUUAGGGGAAUGGUUUGCAGCUGCCCUGGUUUCCAAAGCAGUGAAGACUAGCAAGGAGGCUGAAAUGUUGAAAACAUGCCCUGCUUCUCGCUGAGACGCAGAAGCAUGGUGAGGUAUCUGUGAACAAGACAGAUAGCCCAGUCUGCUGUGACGUUGUGUCUUAGAGACUCCUCCGCGCAGGACACCCUCGUACCUCUCUGGGCAAUAGUUGGGCAGGGAAGGCCUCGGCCUGGCUCUCUCCCCAAAUGGCCCUUGUCCUCUUGGGCAAGUGGCAAAUUCGGGUUGUCACAGGAGGGAAGGCAGGGCGGGAGGAAAGAGGAAGGUCUGCUCUGAUCAUUUCUGUUCCAAGUGAUCCCAUCAGCUGCUCCCAAUUGGCUUCACAUCGCUGUAGUUUGCUGGAAACUGAAAAAUCUUUGUGAUGUGGAAGGAAUGUGAAUCGGCUGACAUGGUCCCCCCACCCACUUCUUAAUAUUAUUAUUUCUGUCUUGGUCGGUCCCCUUCUUCUCUCUGGUACUUUGUUGAGGAGGGCACCAAGAGCAGCACUGUGAUAGCAGCGCACGCGAGCUGCGCCGCGCAGGCACUCGUCCUGCUGAGCUCUCCCGCCAGAGACGGCGUGAAACGUUUCAUUCGUUCGGAUUUGACUUGACGAAAGGCAGGAGGGGACAGAAGAGAAGCGGGCCUCGUUUCCAUGCUGGACUGCUCCGCAUCUCUGUUCUGGGAAGGUCAGAGCAGAGGUGGAAGACUCAGCGUGGAGGUUUUUCAGUUCCUUAAUCCGAACUCUUAAUGCUGAGUGUGCGUGAGCUCGUGGUAUUCGUGUUUAUUUCCUCCUUUCCUUGGCUCUUUACCUUCCGAACAAUUGUUGGCCUCCUUCCUCAGCCUUAAGAGCCAUCUGCCAAUAAAUUACUGAUCCUUGCAUGAUGGUGCCAUGCUAAAGCGAUAGCUAAAAAUAAAUCUACUUUAUGAAAGUUACAUAUCUGAAGGCUUGGCGGAAAGAGAGCCAACAUGCAGGUGGAUUGUCUGUCGUGUCCUUUUCUCUCCUGGGGAGGGAAACAUGGCCAUUUCAUUCUUUGAAGGUUCAGUGGGAAGUGGGAAGGAUCGGACAUUUCCAAAGCAUUUGGAAAGGAGAAAGAUGCAUAAUGUGAAUUGGAAUUAUGAUAAAGCUCAAGACAGGCAUUCUCAUUGGGAAGACGGGCUGACUCACUGGAAAGCACUUACAGAAUAAAUAAGGAUUUUGAAUGAUUUUUUAUUUUUUCUGGCUGUCCUAUUACUUGCAAAAAUUUAUUGUGCAGGUGAGGAGAAUGAUCAUUGCUAAAUGUCAGCAUCUCGUUUGUUUCUUUUUUAAAAAAAAUAUUUAUUUUUAAAUUAUUGGCAGAACCAUUUAGAUGCUACUUUCUGGUGAUGGAUCUGGCCCACAAAGUUACAACACAUCCUUGUACAGUUUUCCCCCCUGUUCUUCUCCCAUGCGACCACAAAAACGCAGUUGCCCUUUUCCUGCUCCAGCAAAGUUUUGUAACACGCGCAUCUUGUUUCUAAGCCUUCUUUUUGACGUGAGACAACAAACCAACCACACCUGUUGGGCGAGGACGGUUAUGAAAGGAGUGCGGGGAAGGGGGCUUUUUCUACACAUGGAUCACAAAAACGGCAUCCUGUUUCCUGAGCAGCUCAUCUUUGUUUUGAAAAGUGUGCAGUAGUGCAGUGUUCCCAAUGUAAUUUUGACUUAAUAAUGUUGACAUGUCUCAGGUUCAUGUGUUUUGACUGGUGUUUUCCGUCUCAGGUAGAUUGCAAAUCUUUUGGCCCCACGCAUUGGCAGAGAACACAACGGGCAACUACAGGAAAUUAUGGGUUUUAGUUGUAUACCGAGUUUAAAGGAUUUUUGUUCCUGCAAGUAAACAGUGCACUGUUUGAAAUGUAUUGUUAGGUAUUGAUUUGUACAGGUUUAGAUCACAAGGGUUUUGUUAAGAGUGCAGAAAGAACAAACUUGUUUCUUGGGGCUUUGUGGUUUUUUCGGUUCGGUUCGGUUUUUUACAAAACAAGAGAGGAAGGUUGACGAGGAAAAGGAAGGAGCGUCGUUGACGCCAAAUGAGCUUGUUCUUGACUCACCUUCAGACCUUUUUACGUUUGCCCCCUUAGGCCGGUUCUGUUCAAGGUGUCCACGGACGAUGUUGCAGUGUAAGAAAUGCAUAUCCAUACCUUUCCAUUCACAUUUUGUAUUGGUUCAUGUAUACCAUUUUUACAAAGAAAAAGAAGUACUAUAAAGUAUCUGUCUUCUUAAUAAAAACAAAUUAAUGUUACAAAACUA